AUGCAGGGGAUACACUUUGGGAGGAAGCUGGAGUACCUGGAGAGAACCAACAUGCAAGAAGAACAUAAAAACUCCAUCCAGAAACACAAUGGGCGGAGAUUCGAAUCCAGCUGCAGGGCAACUCAGAGACUGGAGGUUCACAGGAGUACAGCGCGGCAGUUCUCUUACCCUGCUGCAGGCAUGGCUGAUAGGAAGUGUGCAAAGGGAAAGUCAUGGGACAACCUCCUCCAGACCUGUAUACCCACCCGUAAGCUUCACCCACCGACAGAGCCUGUCCUGACUGUCCCGGAUCCACUCACAGCAAAGAUCAGCCCCACCAAGUCAACCGUUUCACCAGACAUGUCGGUGCUGAGUCAGGCAAUUUGGAUCCCUGUGAUGGUGGUCACCCUGGGAUCCAUCCUCGCUCUGACCCUUUGGUUUGUCAUUUUCAGACGGCAGGCCAAAUCCCGUGGAGCCACUGAGGAUCCUCUCCCUGAACUAGAGACUCUUCAGACAGCAGAAGCUAAUGCCAUGUAUCACCCUACCCACUCAGACAGAAACGGUCAGGCCCUUCAAAGAGAGGCGAACGGACACUCAUCCUGUCAUCAGUUGCACCUUGGAACCCAGAUGGACCCCAAGUGGGAGGACGGCUUCAGCAUUUGCCCUGACGCAGCGAGGGAUGGCUGUAGGGAUGGCAGCGAAGGGCUGCCUUCAUGCAGCAGCGUGGCAGACCACAGAGUCCCACUUCCUGCUACAGAGCUGGGAGGCACUGCCUUAGUUACCACUAAAACUGUGUAG